UGACCUAAGGAGGACUCCGUCAAAUCUCGCGAUGUGUGCACCUCUCGGGCAGCUGUCAUGGCUGCGCCUGUGUGUGGCCACGGGGUUCUCCUCUAAGGCAAACAACAGCAUGUGUUCUCUUUCCCUAAUAGAAGUGCUAUUUCUUUUAUAUUGACAAUUUGAAAGCCAUUUGAAAGUGUUUCUGUGAACAGCAAAAUGAAUAAGAAAGCAGGCUCCUUUUUAUGGAACUUCAAACAAUUCAAUACUUUAAUUCCAACAAGCAGAACCAUGAGGCUAUAUUCUUUGGGAUUUUGCAGACCAAAAAUUGUUUGUUCCAACUGGAAACUAAGAAGCCUCUUAAAUGACUUAGAUAAUAGAAUGCAAUCAUCUAUUAGAUAUCUCUUUCAGGAUGCAUUUAUUUUUAAAUCAAGAGAAGAUAGCUGUCAAGCAAAAGGCAUAAGCACUGUAAGGGUCCCUACAGUUCAUAGACUGCUUUGUCCCAGAAGAAUAUUCUUUGAUGCAAAAUAUUCUGUUGUCUGUGUUGGUAUACCUGAUAAUGGACUGAAGAAAUUAAGCUUUCAUCAUGAGGCCUCCAGUGAAGGUGUUCUCAUCAAGGAAAGAAAAGCAACCCCUUUGAGUUCCCGAAAACUGUCUGAGGAGUGUAAUUCCCUGAGUGAUGUGUUAGAUACAUUUUCAAAAGCACCUACAUUCCCUAGUAGUAACUAUUUCUCAGCAAUGUGGACAAUUGCCAAAAGGAUGUCCGAUGAUCAGAGGCGCUUUGAAAAACAAUUGAUGUUUAAUCACCCUGCAUUUAACCAGUUGUGUGAACAUCUGUUGAGAGAAGCCAAGAUCAUGUACUUUGACCACCUGCUGUUCAGCCUGCAUGCCUUGGUGAAGCUUGGCAUCCCUCAGAACACCCUGCUGGUACAGACCUUGCUGAGGACCAUCCAGGAACGUCUAAAUGAGUGUGAUGAGAGAUGUCUUUCGAUUUUGUCAACUGUUUUAGAGGCACUGGAACCAUGCAAAAAUGAACAUGCUCUUCGAUCAGGAUUGCGGAUACUAGUUGAUCAACAUGUUUGGAAGAUAAAAAGCAUCUUUACGUUACAAACUGUGAUGAAAUUCAUUGGACAGGAUACACCAAUUGCUCUGAAAAGGAAACUGGAGAUGAAAGCCUUGAAGGAAUUAGACAGAUUUUCUUUGUUGAAUAGCCAGCAUAUGUUUGAGGUGCUAGCUGCCAUGAAUCACCGGUCUGUUGUUCUCUUGAAUGAAUGCAGUGAGAAGGUCAUAGAUAAUAUCCAUGGUUGUCCUUUUAAAAUAUUGAACAACAUAUUGCGAUCCUGCAAAGACCUCCGAUAUCAUAAUUUAAAACUCUUUGAGGGAAUAGCAGAUUAUGUACUUACAACUUUUGACAUCUGGACGUUGAAACAAGUACUUUUUCUCCUCAUUUUAUUUGAAAACCUUGGCUUUCGGCCUAUUGGUUUAAUGAACUUGUUGAUGAAGAAAGUAGUAGAGGAACCUGAAUCCUUAAACAUGAAAAGCAUUGUCUCUAUUCUUCACGUGUAUUCUUCUCUCAAUCACAGCUGCCAAUCUCAGGACAAAGAGUUCCUGGAUGUUAUGGCUGCUGCUCUGACUGGUUGUCUUCACCAAAUCUCUUCUGAAAACCUACUGAACGCUGUGUACUCAUUUUGCAUGAUGAAUUAUUUCCCUCUGGCUCCUAUUAAUCAGCUUCUCCAAGACGACAUCAUCAGUGAGCUACUGGCAUCAGGUGACAGGGAGAAGAAUGUUCACAAACUUCGUAUUCUGGAUACUUGUCUGAAACUUGAUGAUACUGCUUAUCACAAGACCUUAGACUUAGCCCUGCCACAGCCACCUGCGGUAGCAUCAUGUCCAAAUACAAAGGUGGCAGAGGUGUUAAGUAGACUCCUGGGAGGUGAAGGAUACUUCUCAAAAAAUGUGCAGUUGCCACAUAAUUAUCAUAUCGAUUUUGAAAUCAGAAUGGAUACUAAGAGGAGUCAAGUGCUUCCAUUUUCUGAUGCAGAUAUAACUUGUGCUACAAAUAUUCAAAGAGUAGCUGUGCUAUGUGUUCCUAGAUCUUCUUACUGUUUGUAUUCAAGCCACCCCAGAGGGAUCCUUGCUAUGAAAAUGCGGCAUUUAAAUCUAAUGGGUUUUCAUGUGAUCUUGGUCAAUAACUGGGAAAUGGACAAUCUGGAGAUGGAGAAUGCAGUAGCAUUUUUGAAAACUAACAUCUAUUCAGUUGAAGCCCUUCCUACUGUUAAUGCAAAUUGUCAAAGCACAUAGUAAAGGAAAAGUCAGCCUUUCACCUUAGGACACACAGAUUUGUAAAAAUGACUUUAAUAAAGACUAUAAUUCA